AUGUGCAAUUGCAGCCCAGAAAUCCAGUUGUAUCCUGGACUGCGUAAAAAGAAGUGUGACCAGCAGGUUUACUCUGCUCUUGUGAGACCCCAGCUGGCACACUGCAUCCAGCUCUGGAUCCCUCAACACAUGGAUCUCUUGGAGCAGGUCCACAAAAACGAUCAGAUGGCUGCUGGCUCUGUGUUACUUGCAGGGGGUCCUUCUCUCCUGACCAUUCAGCUGAGCAGCCUUGGCAGGAGGGUGGUUGCUCCUGGCCCCCUGAGAGCCUGGGUGCUGCAUCAUCCCCUGUGUCUUGGAGAUCACAGGUUGAGCCUGGAAUUGUCCUCUGCCAGGGACGUCAUUGAGCCUGCUGUCAGAGCCCUCCACCUGAAGGAAAACAUUGCCUCCUUGCCUUGACUUCUUGCAAAUACAAGUCAUGGCCGUCUCCCAGUGGUUUGCAGGCCCAAGCUAGAACAUGCAGAGGUGUUCCAGGGAGCUAUUAAAAGAGUGGAGCUGUGCAUGCUCCUGGAGAAGAAGCACAUCUUUGAACAGGAGACAAAUGGUGAGUCUUUCUCCCCAUCUCAUCUGCUCUCCUAUGAGAAGAUAACAGUGGAGAAGCUGCCCAAUCUGUCGCACCCAACCAUGCUGCUGAAUUGCUGCACUACAGAUCCCUGGUAUCAGCAACUCUUCAUCAAUCUGCCAGAAAGAAUUCUUCUUAAAUUGUUUGCAUGUUGGUGGCAACAGAGAUUGGAAGACCAAAGAAAAUAA